GGAUGUUCCGUCGACUUUUGUUUUCAGCAGUAAACAUUGAAGUUUUCUGUCCUGGCAGUUUGACAAAUAGUCCUUAUCGGAAUGUUCAUUUGAUUAGACGGCACUACACAUCUAAAGUGACACAUGGAAUCCAGUCGCACAAAGUGCUUGUUAAUGGUAUAAACCUUCAUUACGAGAAGACAGGCCAUGGAUCUCACAGUAUCCUGCUGCUGCCUGGAGCACUGGGAAGCUCGAGAACGGACUUCAGUCCACAGCUGGAAGGCAUCAACAGAGACCAGUUCACGCUGUUUUCAUUCGAUCCCCGCGGUUACGGCAGAAGUAUUCCGCCGGAACGCGACUGGCCGCUGGAAUUCAUCCAGAGAGAUGCUCAAGACGCAGCAGCCCUCAUGAAAGAAUUAGGUGAACAGAAGUACUCUGUCCUUGGCUGGAGUGAUGGGGGCAUCACAGGGAUGGUUUUAGCUGCUCGUAAUCCGCAGGUGAUGAAGAAACUCGUCAUUUGGGGAUCUAAUGCUUAUGUCACCAACAAGGAUAUGAAAAUUUUCAAAGAUAUUGCUGACAUUAGCAAAUGGAGUGAAAGAAUGAGGGCUCCGUUUAUUAAUGUUUAUGGAGAAACAUACUUCCAGACUCAGUGGAUAAAGUGGAUUGAGGCAUAUAAUGCUUACCUAACACAACGGAAAGGUGACAUAUGUAUAGAAGACGUUCCAAGAAUCCAGUGUCCAACAUUUUUACUUCACGGCAAGAAAGAUGCGAUGGUCUUACAAGAACACCCAGAUUACUUGGUGAAACACAUAAAGAAUGUCAGGUAUUACGAAUUUCCAGAUGGCAAACACAACAUUCAUUUGCACUAUGCUAAAGAAUUUAAUGCUCUAGUUGAAGAAUUUUUGCUUCAGCCAAUGGCAAAGCUGUGAGAGUGAUUCAGGUUUUUCUACUGAAUGUUCACGUUUGUAUUCAGACAGAAAGAGGAAUUCCGUUUUUACAUUUGUUAGACUCUUUAUAUUUCCAGUUCUUUUAUCUUUUAUUAGCAUAUGUACAUGUAUAUCUCAGAGGCAGAUAUAGAGGGGGUUACUGGGCCCCCGCUAAAUUUUGCGAUAGUUAUAAUUUUAUUAUAUUUUAAUUUUUAAACAUUUUCAAUCCCCCUCCAAACCUCCCCCAAAGUUCCCUUGGCAUUUCACCUCAUGUCACUUGGGUCCCUACUAAAUAGAUUUUCUGGAUCCGCCACUGUAUCUGACCAAAGCAACCUGUCCAUGACUAUAGUUACUGUAUUUGAACAGUUUCAAGUUUUAUAGAAUUAAUAUUUACAUCAGUAUUUUGUUGUACACCAGUUCAUUUUUUUUUUCUUUCUACCAACUACUAAAAUUUUCCUGCAAUUUUUUCGAUGUUAAGGGUCUGGAUUUUCAAUAAUGAAAAAAAAUCAAAAAAAUCCAUUUCCAUCUCUCAAGGGAUGUAAUGGGUUUAUCCUGCUCCAUGACUUUCAGUCUGUGCGUGGGUUUUUGCUGCUGUUUGUGGAAAAGCAUAUAAAAACGACCCCUUGCUGACUUUGGUGGUGUAGCCGUCAGACUUGAGGCUGUAUGUAUUGGAUCUGCCUCCUGGUACUGGCUCCCACCCAGAGCAAGUUUAAUGACUCAAUUUGUAGGUGUAAGGCCACUACACAGACCUCUCUCUCACUAACAACUAAACACACCCCUAAUGUCCUGAAUAGAUAGUCCAGAUAGCUGAGGUGUGUGUGUCCAGGACUGUGCUUGAACCUUAAUUGAAUAUAAGUAUGAAAAUAACUAUAAAUGAACGAAUGAAUUCCGUAGUAGCUUAUGUGGUGGCUGUGGUUUUCCUCACUUAUUCUUUAGACCAUGUGUCAAAAUAACUAUUAGACCCUAAAUAGUCAUAAUAAUAGUGAGAGAAAGAGGAAGUGUUUUAUUUAAUGAUGCACUCAACACAUUUUAUAUGCACCAUGCCAUAGACAGGAUAGUGCAUACCACAGCCUUUGUUACACCAGUUGUGGAGCACUGGCUGGAAUGAGAAAUAGCCCAAUGGGUCCACCGACUGGGAUCGAUCCUAGCUGAGAGAAAGAAAUAAAGGAACGCUUGGUAUGGUAGACCAACUUUAAUUCAGUUAGUGUCGUGAUUUCUGUAUGAAUACUCUAAUAUUAUCAGGGCUUCUAGAUUAUGGUAGCCCCACUCCCAUGGCUAGUGACAUUUAAUGUUGGGCUAGUAAAUAACUACUAUUGCCAUGCCCGAUGGCUAGUGAAAAAAAAGUUGUCAAAUGCUGCA